AAGCUACUAAUGGUAAAAUGUCAAAAGAUUCAUUUUCAAAUGGUCAUAAUAAAACUGAUAUGAAUAACUAUGAUACAUUAAAGAAAAAAGUAUCUCUUAAAGAGUUUAUUGACCGUAAAAGUUCUAGUAAAAUUACACAAUCUGAAUCAUUCAAUUCCCAUAGUCCAAUGGAACAAAUUCGUUAUUGGCGUUCAAUUGCAGCAGUAGCUCAAGCUAAUGCAGCAGGUCAAUUAGCUAAAACUGAGAAAUUAACUCAAGAAUUAGCUAGAUUACGUUGGGACUUGAGUAUAUCACAUAUGGAAAAUAAUUUAUUACGUCAAAAUUUAGCAUCUGUUCAAGCGGAAUUAAAUCAUGUUCGUCAAAUUCCUAAAGAUAUUACAAAUUAUGCACAGCAUAAUGAAAGUAUACAUCCAGCAUUAUUUCCUUAGCUCACAUGAUAUUUGAUAUGGUAGAAUAUAAAGGGGAGGGGAAACAACUUUCUCGAAUCUUCCUUAAUAUUGUUAAUCUCUAUACAAAAUACUAACUUAAAUUCAC